UUGGCACAAGUUGCUCGGAUGUAGAAAGUGUUCGGUAUGCCAGUGCUGCAGCAACUAUUCUCUAUGUUUUUUUGUUGAUACUGUCUUUCGUGGGAUCUAUACUAGGCUGCGCUGGGGCUUGCUGCGGAAAUCGGGUAUGUUGAUUGAUUAAAUGUAUUAGCCAUUUCCCAAAGUCCUGGGUCUAGUCGCGCGCAUCCCAUGUUGGAGGGACAAGAAAUAUGGCAGCACACAUUUAAAUUAAAUGUUUAGUGUAAAAAUGAGAUAUUUCAUUUUUGGUUGUCUAAAAAGUUGAUCAUGAUAUUUGAUAGUGGAUACUUCCACUCUUUCACAUAUUUGACGCCUGUCAUCAUAUUUUGUCCCUCCAAACGAUUCCAGAAUGCACUGUGAUCUCUUUUGGGACUGAAAGGCUAAUUGUUAUGUAUUGAAUAAUAAAUAAGCAAGGCUGUUUAGGUUUAAAGGCCUACUACCCCUCUGGUGUAGCUAUAGAAAAGAGUUUUCUUCAUGAUGGUGAUGGUGAGGUGAUGGUAAUCAAGGUGAUAUGAUAGUGUGGCAGAUAUAAUUAUGGUAUAGUGACAUGAUGUUGAUGAUAUUGGUGAUAGGAUGGUGAUAUUGAUAUCACAUGAUGAUGGUAAUAAUAAUAAUGCUAAUAAUGGUGAUAAUGAUGAUGGUGAGGUAACGAUGAUCAUAUGAUGAUGUUGUUGAUGAUGAUGAUAAUGAUCAUAACGCUGCUGAUACGAUGAUGGUCAUUGUGGUAGUGAUGAUGGUAAUGAUCAUGAUGACAAUGAUGAUGGUGAUUAUGAUGGUUAAGAUUAUCAUUUUAAUAUGUUUAUUACUUAUUAAUUACUUUAAGUUUAUAAAAUUGAUUAUAAUGAUAUUAUGCAGUAUUAUUAAUGAGACUGACGAUAUUGAUGAUAAUUAUUGCUUGUGAUGGUAUUGGUCAUUACUUCAGACAGAUUACUUCCUAUCUUGAUAUUCUCUAGAAAGUGUUAAAAAAUACAAAUAUUUUGCUGUAGGGACAUCGUCACCACUAUGGAAUGACAUACCCACCUUAUGUGAUACCUUAUGGAAACCCAAAUACAAUGAUGAUGACCAGAAUCGAAGAAAGGCGCACCUUUGAUAAUGACCCUUAUCUCAAACAAGCCAGAUAUGUCCACGAUAGACCAUACCACCGAGAGCCCCCGUACUACCGCAAUGAACCUUAUACCAAAGCUUUACCUUACCACAAGCGAGAGCCUUACACCGAAGAAAGCCCUUAUGUUGAUGUGGAAAGGCAGUACCACAGCAAUAGAGGUUAUCUCCAAGAAUAUCCAUCGCAUUUUCCACCUCGUUCCAUACCAGCUCGCGAAGGGCGCAAUCUAUUUGCUGGACAUUACGACUAAAUUUUAGUAAUCUGCUAGUUUGUUUAGACUUAUACGCCGAAUAUUUAAUGCGUAUUUUUAAAAGUCACAUUCGUUUAUUAUGUCCAUCGAUAUCUGAGAUCUUUGUAUAAUAGUAUUAAUUUUAAACCUUGACAUUAGCAGGGGCUCCUUCAAUGGGGGAGGGAGGGAGAGAGAAGUGAUGUAUAGUUUUGCCAGCAAUGGACGCAGUCAAAAACCAACUCUUCUGCAUUUAUAUACACUAUUGGCCUGUUUGAAGUAUUAAGUUUUAUACUUAAAUUCACGCACCGAACCUUGGAUAUUAGACUUGUUUCAUUAAGUAGCUUCUUGUCGCCUAGAUACCGUGUCGUGAUUCGUUUGUAGUCUUAUUUUAAAUUUUCAAU